UUUCGUGUUUUUAUUUUUUAUGCGAGUACGCGAGGGCACUUUUUCCGUCCAAAACCUUUGACAUCUUGCGUAUCAGUGGAAAAGAACGCGUUAAAACGGUUAAAACCGUAGGAAAAAUGACCUCGAUCAUAAAGUUACAUGCCGUAUCCGGAGCGAUGGAUGAAUCUCCACCGUGCUACAUUCUGCAGGUGGACGAGGUGCGCUUCCUGCUCGAUUGUGGCUGGGAUGAAAAGUUUGAUCCCAACUUUAUCAAGGAAUUGAAGAAGUAUGUACACACGAUCGACGCUGUUUUACUAUCGUAUCCGGAUUGUUUGCAUUUAGGCGCUUUGCCAUAUCUGGUGGGAAAACUUGGACUAAACUGCCCCAUUUACGCUACUAUACCGGUAUACAAAAUGGGGCAGAUGUUUAUGUAUGACACCUUCAUGUCCCAUUAUAAUAUGUACGAUUUUGAUUUGUUCACUCUGGAUGAUGUUGAUGCUGCAUUUGAUCGCAUUAUCCAGUUGAAAUACAAUCAGAGUGUUUCCUUGAAGGGCAAAGGAUACGGUAUAACGAUAACUCCGCUGCCGGCAGGGCAUCUAAUCGGUGGCACAAUAUGGAAAGUAGUUAAGGUUGGUGAAGAGGACAUCGUUUAUGCGACGGAUUUUAACCAUAAGAAAGAACGACAUUUGAACGGUUGUGAAUUGGAAAAACUCCAGAGGCCAUCGUUGUUCAUCACUGAUGCCUAUAAUGCACGAUAUCAGCAGGCAAGAAGGAGAGCCCGAGAUGAAAAAUUCAUGACCAACAUUUUACAAACGCUUAGGAAUAACGGAAACGUAUUGGUAACGGUUGAUACCGCAGGUAGGGUGCUUGAAUUAGCCCAUAUGUUGGACCAACUCUGGAAGAACAAAGAAUCCGGAUUGAUGGCCUAUUCAUUGGCAUUGUUGAACAAUGUUAGCUAUAAUGUUGUUGAAUUUGCCAAGAGCCAGAUUGAGUGGAUGAGCGAUAAGUUGAUGAAAAGUUUUGAAGGUGCUCGAAAUAAUCCAUUUCAAUUUAAGCAUCUGAGACUUUGCCAUACGAUGGCUGAUCUGGCUAAAGUUCCCAGUCCAAAAGUUGUUCUGGCUAGCUCUGCGGAUAUGGAGAGUGGAUUUUCUAGAGAACUGUUUGUACAGUGGGCUCACCAUUCGAACAACAGCAUCAUAAUUACCAAUAGGUCAUCACCAGGGACUCUGGCUAGAGAUUUAAUUGACAAUGGAGGUAAUGGAAGAAAAAUUGAAUUAGACGUAAAGAGACGAAUAGAACUGGAAGGAGCGGAACUUGAUGAAUUUAUGAGAACUCAAGGAGAGAAGCAUAAUCGGUCGAUAAUCAAAAGUGAUAUGGAUUUGGAUAGUAGCUCUGAUUCGGAAGAAGAACUGGAAAUGUCCAUCAUUACUGGUAAACAUGAUAUAGUGGUACGACCGGAGGGCCGCUCGCAUACAGGCUUUUUCAAAUCAAGCAAAAAGCAAUAUGCUAUGUUCCCCUUCCAGGAGGAAAAGAUCAAAUCCGACGAGUACGGUGAAAUAAUACAGCCCGAUGAUUAUCGUAUGAUUGACUACGGACCGGACGGAAUCGGAGAAGAUAACAAAGAAAACUAUCAGAUAAAACCGGAAGAUAUAAAAAAAGAGAAAGAUGAUGACAUAUCUGUUCUGGAUAAACCCACUAAAUGCAUAAGCAGUCGCAAGUUGGUAGAGGUCAACGCCCAGGUACAAUUUAUUGACUUCGAGGGACGCUCCGAUGGUGAAUCAAUGCUAAAAAUCUUGUCCCAGUUGCGACCUCGUCGAGUGGUUGUCAUUCGUGGCUCUGCUGAAAAUACCGCACAUAUUGCCGAGCAUUGUCAGUUGAAUAUUGGUGCACGUGUAUUCACUCCAAAUAGAGGAGAAAUUAUCGAUGCCACAACUGAAACUCACAUCUACCAAGUUCGAUUAACCGAAGCAUUGGUUUCACUUUUGGAAUUCCAAAAAGGCAAAGACGCCGAGGUGGCCUGGAUUGAUGCCCAGAUCGUUAUCCGUAAUAAACAAAUCACAACUGCAGAAGCCGAAUCGGCAGAUUCCGCUGGUUCAAGUGGUCCGCUGACCGGUACAACGAAUAACGCCACCACAAACAAUGCAAUUGCUGCUGCUGCUGCCGCUGCUUCUGAUGCUCCAAUGGAUGUGGACGAGGUCGAUGUAUUGCCCGAGGACAAAAGUGACAAACAAAUUCUGACGUUGGACCCGCUUCGAAACGAAGAACUCCCACCACACAACGCCGUCUUCAUCAAUGAACUGAAGUUGAACGACUUCAAGCAAGUUCUCAUGAGGGCCAAUAUAAGUUCGGAAUUCUCAGGUGGUGUCCUAUGGUGUAGCAACGGAACGCUGGCGCUCCGCAGAAUCGACACCGGAAAGGUAACCAUCGAGGGCUGCAUUUCGGAGGAUUUUUAUCGUAUUCGGGAUUUGCUAUAUGAGCAGUAUGCAAUUGUAUAAGACUUACACAAAUGAUUAAUAAAGGCAAAACUGAAUCUUACAUUUUGUUGUUCCGAAUUUUAUAAAACAAUGUAAUGUAGUUGAACCCCUCAAUUGACACACUAUUGAACUUGAA